GCGCCCGUGUGUGGGAAGUAUUAAAGAAGUUUUCUACUUCCACAACGCUUCAUCGGACGGAUAACUCCUCCAGACAGUGCAGGGAAUGGAUUUCCAGGGGCUGCUGUUUAAAGUGGGGCAGGCCCUGAGUACAGACAAUGUAAAAGCUCUAGCAUUUCUUUGCACCGACAUCCUGAACCGAAACACGGAAUCUGUGAAGUCAGCCAAUGACCUCUUCAAUCGUCUGGUGGAACAAGACGAUCUCUCGCAUGAGCAACCAUACCUGCUGACUGAGCUUCUACGAACCAUACAACGCAACGACCUAGUCAGAAAAUUCAAUCUCAACGACGGAGAACCUACAACCAUUAGCCUCAUCUCUCCCUACAGGAAGCUCCUCUACAAACUGUCUGAGGAGUUGACUGAGGAGGACUCGAAUAAUGUGAAGUUCUUGUUGAACGAUGAGCUCCCAAGAAAAAAACUGGAGGAAAAUGCUUCUUUGCUGGAAGUCUUCCUGAGGAUGGAGCAGAUGGACAUCCUGGGGGAAGAUAACUUAAACAAACUGGAGAAUAUAAUUCAACCCGUCUGUCCCAGGCUGAAGGUACAGAUCAACCAGUUCAAGGAAUCCUCUUUUACGACUUUAGGUUUAAGCACUGAAGCAAGCAGCAGUGCCGGCUCUUUGUGCAGUGAUGCUUACGGUUUGGAUUCUCAAGGAAACAGGACCUUCCCUGAAGUACAUCAUCAGACAUCUACAAAGAGUAGGGCUUUGGGGAACUAUCCCAUGACUCAGGAAAAGAGAGGUAUCUGCGUGAUUAUCAACAACUUCAUCUUCAAAUCGUCCAAGCUCAAGGAUCGUGAGGGCACCAAGGUUGAUGAACAGUGUCUGAGCGAUGUGUUUAAGUGGCUGGGCUUUGACGUUGAGGUACAUCCAGACUGCACGAGUGAGGAGAUGCUGUCUGUGAUGGGGGAGCUCGGCAAGAGAGACCACAGGCAAAUGGACUGCGUGGUGUGCUGUGUUCUCAGCCACGGCAAGGAGGGAAUGGUUUACGGUGUUGACAGUCACUCUGUCGACAUCAAGGAUCUGAAGGAGCCUUUGAAUGCACUUCGCUGCCCAACUUUAGCAGAAAAACCCAAACUGUUCUUCAUCGGGGCUUGCCAGGGCCAAAGGGAGCAGAAUGCUGUGUACAUCGAGGCCGAUGGCCCCGGAUCAAGUCUUGUUUGCAGUGAUGCUCCUAAAGAGUCCAUCCCAGCAGAGGCUGAUUUCCUGAUGUCGAUGGCCACUGUUCCUUCCUUUGUCUCCUUCAGAGAUAGGAAGCGGGGCACCUGGUUUAUUCAGUCAUUGUGCAAAAACCUCGUCGAGUUGGUGCCAGGGGGCUUGGACCUCUUGUCCAUCCUGACCAAAGUGAAUGAUGAUGUGAGCCUCCAGACCAAACACGAAGGUGCAAAAAAGCAAAUGCCUCAGCAAGCCACCACGCUCAGGAAGAAGGUGGUCUUCCCGGUGCCUGAGACCCCCUUGCCCAGAUUGCCUUCUCUUUGAUUGAGAUUAAAACGAUCCCCCAAGGAGGAAGGGAAACCUCAUUCAAAUGUGGUCAUACUUUACUAUAACUAGAACUCCUGGGCCAUCUAACAUUCAGCGAUGUAGUUGAACACUUGAAAGUCAAACUGUAGUUGAGAUGAUUUUAAUUUUUUCAACGGCACAGUCUUACUGGUUUGUUUACACACAAGUACAAGUCCCGCUCCUCUAGUUAUAGCAUUUCCAAAGCUAAGUAUUUGUCCUCUCUGCUGUAGCGAAUCUAUGAAUCAUCUCGCUCUUAGCCUUUAUUUUAUUUCAUUAUCAUUUUAUCUUACAUGCACUUUUAAAUGACACUGUCACUGUUGCCCAAUUGUUACUGGGGCAACUACCAAAGUUUUAUUCUUCAAAAUGUCACAUCAUUUUUGUCAUUUAAAAUAUGCAAAUACAGCCCACAAAGUUGAGCUAUUGUGAAAAUACUUUGUCAAUUGAACAAUCCAUUCAUUCUGUGUGUUUGUAUUAAACUGAGACUCUUCAAACUCUA